AUGUCUUGCGAAAACGAACAUUACCAUGGCCAUGGUCAUAACCACAACCACGAUGGCCAUGAUCACGACCAUGUUGCACCAAUCCCUACUUUAUCCUCACAAUCACUCAACUCCAAAGUUGAUCUAGAUAAAGUAUCAGCUUUGAAUAUGGCCAACCCCAAAUCAGAUUUAGCACGAAUCUUUAAAUCUGCAGAAACGAAAUAUGAAGUUAAACCUGUGAUAAGAUCGGACUGUGAUGAACAAUUGAUUAUCAUUAUUCCAUUUCUCAAUGGUUCAGUCAAAUUAUAUUCGUUAAUUUUGCGCACCAAUGGCGAAGAGUAUUGUCCAAAAGUGAUUAAACUAUUCAAAAACGAUACAUCCAUAGAUUUCGAUAAUCUAGAAGGCAAGAAACCCACACAAACCAUCAACCAUCCACAAAUAGGUCUCGCAACGGAUAUUGAUGACGAAGAUGGUCAACAAACUGUUGUUGAAUCAGAAGAUACUUUUGUAGAGCAUUACUUAUCUCGUCCAAAAUUCACUGGCGUUGAGCAGUUGACUUUGGUUGUUGAAAGCAUCCACGACGAAAGCGAAGAUCAAUCGCGGAUACACCUGAUAGAGCUUCGAGGCGAGUUUACCGAAUUGAAUCGAGAUCCCGUGGUGACAUUAUACGAACAAGCGGCAAAUCCAGCAGACCACAAAACAACAGAAACCAGACUUGAGAACCAAAACCAGUUUCAAUUCGGAAGUUAA